AUGAUGAGUUUAUCCGCUUUCCCUCCUUCUUCUUCCUCCGCAUUCCUCUCCAACAACCUACCGCCAGCCUCCGCCGCCGUCGCCCUCCCUUCUCCGGCGUCCUUUUCUUGCCACGGCUCCCUCCUGCCGCCGCGCUUUGCCUUCUCCACUCCGUCAUUCGUCCUGAAAUCGGCUCCUCGGCUGAGUCCCGUUUCCCGCCGCCAGUCGCUGCUCCUCUCUUCACUCAACGGCAGCGCGAUGGCGGAGCUCGUUAGCAGCAGCAACGGCAGCCGAGUAGUCGCCGCCGAGAAGCGCGGCCGUGCGGCGAGCAGUUCCAGUACCUUCCUCGAUGCAAGAAACGAAGAAGAUAUCUUGUCUGGAAUCAGGAAGGAAGCAGAUGCUGGAAGGCUGCCAUCUACUGUCGCAGAAGGAAUGGAAGAACUGUAUCAGAAUUACAAAACAGCAGUUCUUCAAAGUGGACAUCCAAAAGCAAGUGAGAUUGUAUUGUCCAACAUGUCUCUUGUAUUGGAUCGAGUUUUCAUUGAUGUGGAGGAUCCUUUUGUCUUCCCCCCUCAUCACAAAGCACUAAGGGAACCUUUUGACUACUAUGAAUUUGGACAAAAUUACAUCCGUCCUUUAAUAGAUUUCAGAAACUCUUAUGUUGGGAACAUAGGCAUUUUUAAGGACAUGGAACACAAGCUUAAGCAGGGACACAACAUUAUCUUGAUAUCAAAUCACCAAACUGAAGCAGACCCAGCAGUCAUUGCAUUGCUCCUUGAAAGAACAAACCCUCACAUUGCUGAGAACUUGAUUUACGUGGCAGGGGAUAGGGUUAUAACAGAUCCUCUUUGCAAACCCUUCAGCAUGGGAAGGAAUCUCAUUUGUGUGUACUCAAAAAAGCACAUGUUUGAUGUCCCUGAACUUGCUGAGAUGAAGCAAAAGGCAAAUAUAAGAAGUUUGAAGGAGAUGGCACUGCUUCUGAGGAAUGGGUCACAGAUAAUAUGGAUUGCACCAAGUGGUGGUAGAGAUCGUCCUGAUCCUGUCACUGGAGAAUGGCAUCCCGCACCAUUUGAUAAAUCUUCAGUCGACAAUAUGAGAAGGCUUGCUGAAAAUACUGGUGCUCCAGCACACAUCUAUCCUCUGGCACUAUUAUGCCAUGACAUCAUGCCGCCUCCUGCCAAGGUGGAGAAAGAAAUCGGAGAGAAGAGGGUGAUUUCCUUUUCUGGAACAGGGCUAUCCGUUGGGGCAGAAGCGAACUUCGAUGAAAUUGCUGGUGCUUAUGAAAAUCCUGAACAGGCCAAGGAGGCAUACACAAAGGCCCUGUAUGAGUCUGUCACAGAUCAGUACAACGUGCUUAAAUCUGCCAUACACGGGAAGCAAAGAGCUGAUACAUCAUCUCCAGCAGUCUCGAUCUCACAGCCAUGGGAAAAUGUUUCUGCGACGUAA